AUGGCUGACUCAGAGACAAUACUACUUCCCAAUUCCACAAGAGGCUUGCUGUAUCCCCAAGACUCUGAGACUCGGGAAGUGCGAUCGCUGGACGGAAUCUGGCGGUUGGUGAAGAGCUCCUCUAGUCGGCCAAUGGAGGGCUACCUGGAGAAGUGGUUCGAGAAGGGUCUCAGCCAGUCGGGUCGCCGUGUGAUCUCCAUGGCGGUGCCCGCAUCCUACAAUGACAUCACCGUCAGUCGAUCGCUUCGUGACCACGUUGGUCCGGUUUGGUACGAGAGAACCUUCUUUGUGCCCGCCUCCUGGGAUCGACGAUCUCGGACCUGGCUGCGAUUCGGAAGUGUCCACUACCGCGCCGAGGUGUGGAUCAACGGACAGGCCGUCCUGAAUCACAGCUCCGGCGGACUGCCCUUUGAGGCGGAGGUGGGGAACUUUGUGAAUUUCGGAGCCGAGAACCGACUGACCGUGAUGUGCGACAACCGACUGGAUCGCUUUUCGAUUCCCCAAGGGGAGCUGCAAGAAAAGGAGAACUCCCGGAGCCAACAAGAUUACACUUUUGACUUCUUCAACUACGCUGGCAUCCAUAGAACUGUGCUCCUGUACUCCACGCCGCUCGUCUACAUCAGCGAUGUCUCCGUGUCCACGGAGUACUCCUCGAAGCAAGUGGGCAUCGUUAACUUCCGCCUUUGGGUGGCUGGAAAAGAAGAGCAAUUAAUGCGGAAAAACUACUACAUCCAUGUCCGGCUGCUGAAUCAACGGGGUGAAGUGGUGGCCCAAAAAAUAAGUAGACAUGCCUUUAGCGGCAGCCUGCACGUUAACCAUGCCCGAGCAUGGUGGCCUUAUCUCAUGGAUCCGGAGCCAGGCUACCUUUACCAGCUCAAACUAGAUCUCUACGAGGGCGAUUCUGCGAUGGAGGAGUCGCAAGCUGACGUCCGACUGGAUGUCUACCGUCUGUCCGUGGGAAUACGAAGUCUUAGUUGGGACAGCAACAACCUGCUCCUGAAUGGGAGAUCCCUAUAUCUGCGAGGAUUUGGUCGCCACGAGGAUUCUGAGAUUCGCGGGAGGAGCCACGACAAUCCGCUGAUGCUGCGCGACUUCAACCUGCUGAGGUGGAUAGGAGCGAAUGCCUAUCGCACCUCGCACUAUCCGUACUCCGAGGAGUCCAUGCAGUUUGCCGACGAGCAGGGCAUUAUGAUAAUUGAUGAGUGCUCGGCGGUGGACCUGUACAGCUUUCAUCCGCGCCUGUUGCACAACCACAUGUCGGUGAUGGAGCAGCUGAUCCACAGGGACAGGAAUCAUCCCAGUGUCAUCGCCUGGUCGGUGGCCAAUGAACCCAGCAGUUUGUUCAGCAACCAGUCUGCCCUAUACUUCAAGUAUCUGGUGCAGUACGUCAGGCAAAUAGCACACGAUGACCGCCCCUUGACUGCUGCCAUUGCCACGGCAAUCGAUGAAAUCGGUCAAUCAACUCUCGCGGGACUGCUGGACAUUCUGGGCUUCAAUCGUUACAAUGGUUGGUACUCGUCUCCUGGCAGUCUGGACAGUAUCACCGCUCCUGUGAUUGAAGAGGCCUUGCUUUGGCGCAACGUGACCAACAAGCUGGUGAUAAUAAUGGAGUACGGAGCGGAUUCCUUAGGGUUCUACCGAUCGUUGCCUUCGCUCAUGGGCUCCCCCGAUUUCCAGCGGCAGUUGUACUCCAGGCACUUUCGGGCCUUCGAUAAGCUUCGUGAAAACUCCUGGUUCAUCGGGGAGUUUGUGUGGAACUUUGCCGACUUCCAAACGGCCCAGUCUAUCAACAGGAUUGGUGGGAAUAGAAAGGGCAUCUUUACCAGGAACAGGCAGCCCAAGGAAAUGGCUUAUGUGCUGAGGCGACGCUACUUUGGUCUGGCCCACAAACUGGACAGGGCCAAAAUGCCAGAUGAUCUCUUUGAAUACGUCGUGGGAGAAAGCAACAACGCACAGCUGGUCAAGCCUGAGUCUGAAAAGGAGUUAUCAAAUGUAUAAAUUACAAAAUAUAUGGCUGUUUUUAUUGA